CAUGGCACGCCGAGCGGCUGUUGCGUCUGCGCUCCUCCUCCUCGCCCCCGCCACCGAGGCCUUCGCCCCCUCUGCGGGCGUUGCUGCUCGUCUCGGCCUCAGGAGCAAUGCUGCUGUUAGCCGCAGAGCCACCGUCGUUGCCCCCCGUAUGGCCAUGGACGUGAACCACAUUGCUGAGAGUGCCCAGUCCCUCCUGGCUGCUGUGCCCAACGUUCCCUUCGUCGACGAGGUUACUGGCGAGGCCCAGGGCUUCACUGCUCCCAAGAACCACUUCGCCUCGGUGAUUGGUCUCUGGGCUCUCUUUGCCCUUCCCGUCUGGUCUGCUGCCUACAAGCAGGCUGGAUGUGACACCCCUUCCUGGUUCGGUGUCUCCCAGGUUUCCGAGGAUGCCCCUGGAAUUGGCCUCGUCGCCAAGGCUGCCCCUGUUUACGAUGGUCCUUCCUUCCGUGAGGGACUCGAGUAUGUCCUUUCCUUCUUGUGGAAGCCCCCUAUCCUCAUCGCCUGGAGACCCCGUGCCGAUCUUGACCGUGAGAACAUGGACCCGGCCCGUGACACCGUUGUCUCCUCCCUCUACAAGUCCCUCGGUGGAGCCCUCGAUAAGACUGCUAUCUACGAUGAGGAGGACCAGCUCCUUAUUCUUUCUGACAUCGAGGAGUUCCCCUCUACUCCUCUCGGUGAGCGCCGCUUCGCUAUCGCCGAGGCGGCUGGCUGGAUGACUGGCAACCCCUCCUUUGGCAAGUCCCUCAUCGAAUUCUCCGAGGAGACCAGGAAGGGCAAGAAGCAGGCCGGCACUGUUACCAUCUCUGCUGAGGAGCUCCAGAGACUUCGUGCUGAGGCUGCCAAGAUGAAGUAAAUGAUCUAGAUAUAUUAUUGAGGCAUAUGCUGUCAGAAUUGUGAAAAUAAAAUGAAAUUCUGUGUUGAGCAU